AUGGCUGCAGUGUCUGAACUACAAACAUCUGGUGCUCUCCAUGAAACAAAUGAAUCUACUCCUGGAAUAACUAAUGGCGCUUCAAACUACUUUUUGUCUACAGCACAAUUACCUGCUGUUCAAACAGACAAUGAAGGUGGUGAAAUUUGGUCAUCUAUCCUUGGACGAGCUGCAACCACUGGCACUACCAAAUCGGUUUUAUGCAAGACACUUCUCGUAUGUGGAGAUCACAGCAACACAAAGUUCAAUCUAGUUGAUGCUCUUUCAGAAUCAGUGCUCGAUAAGGAUCCCGUUUCCUCAUCAGAUUUUCCAGAUCUAGGACUCAGCUACUCCUACAUGGACAUUAAUGACGAUGAAAAUGAUGCCGUAGCUCGUAUUGGAAUAUACCAGUUGACAGAUGAUCCAGUAUACCAUAGCUUAUUAGACUUUGCAUUGACAAACGAAAAUAUUUGGGAUUCUCUGGCCAUAAUCACUUUGGAUUGGAGUAAACCUUGGCUUUUUAUAAAAUCAUUAAAUUCAUGGCUGGGUGUGCUAGAAUCUCGUAUCAAGUAUCUUUCACAAUCUAACAGGACUGCUAUCCAAGAGUUAAAGAAUCAAUUGGAGAUGCAUGUUCGUGGAUAUACUGAAUCGGCUGCGACAAUCAACCGAAUUCUAGGAUCUACAACCGAUUUGUUUGAAUCGGCUCAAUCAGAACCUCACAAUCAAAAUAGUUUUGGCUUGCCAGAUUCCCUUUCACUCCCACUUGGAUCUGGCGUGCUUAACAAAAGCAUUGGUUUACCGAUUGUUGUAGUCUGCUGUCAGGCAGAAAUUUUGACAGAUCACGAAAGAGAUUAUAAAGAAGACAAGCUUGGCUAUAUUCAGCAGACACUUCGCACCAUCUGUUUAAGCUAUGGAGCAGCAUUAUUCUAUGUAUCACAACAGCGGCCAGACACAAUAAUCAACCUAAGAUCGUACAUUUUGCAUCGCUUAUUAUCAAAAAAUUCACAAACCGUCAACUCUGACACUGUUCAGUCUUCUCGAAAAUUGGCAGGAUACGAAUUUACUGGCUGUGCGCAAACUGUAGAGCGCGAUGCUGUUUCAAUUCCAGCAGGUUGGGAUAGCUGGGGUAAAAUCCGUGUGUUACGUGAUGGGUUUCCAUGUGAAGUCUAUUCGGGUAUCAAUGACUCGGAUCUUGCACAGUCUACUCAAGAUCCAACAUCUGGACCACUCUGUAGCGUGAUACCCAUGUAUCAAACUGUUGUUGCUGAUCGUUCAUUAAAUAUAUUAGACAUGCCUGCAUUGAUUGAGCCUGAAAACGAUCAAGAUUUUUUGCAAAAGCAUUUGCCAUUGCUGAUGAAACUGGACGAGCAAUCCCGAGUCAAUUCUUCUGCUGGUACUUCGUUGGCUUCUUCUCCAGCUUCUAAUCCAAUGACUACCAGCCAACUUUUGAAUGAUAAGACUGCAAGCCAUUCUACUGCCGAUGCUCCUGCCUCUACCAACACACAGAUUACCACGAGUAGAGAAGUGUUGGAAGAUUUAUCUGCUAAAGUUGCCAAGCAACAGGCAAGUAAAGUCUUGCAAGGUUUUGUAGUGUUGAAUUUCAAUGGUAUCAAAUCUAACGCAUUUAAAAUCGGUUACUUUAUACAUUGCAAUGCGUUGCGAAUUCUUGAACGUGCCAACUCGGGAUCGCUUUCAAAGUAUUCUAACAGUGCGGGUGGAGCAGCUGCUGUAGUAGGCGGAUCUGGAUCCACAGGUUCUGGCGGUGCUGGAAUCACUGCGGGUUCACAAGAAGUAUUGGCCAACUUUUUCCAAUCUCUCUUGGCCAAAAAGGGUGCUAGUGGUAAUGUGCCAGGUGGAAAAUCAUUAUCACCAUUGAACAGUCGUCGUGUCAAGUCGGAUGAAAACAACGAUCAGAUAUAA